AUGUCUCGCCCGGACGAGACACUGGCAGCCGCCGCGGCAAUUCUGCGUGGACUGGCCAAGGGCUCGACUGCCUCCACCUACACCAAUGGCUUGAAGCUCCCACCAUACAAGCUCCCCGGCGAGGACACGCCAGGGAAGGAGGACUUCGAAGCAGAAAUAGCCGCUCUUGCAAGACGCAUACAUUACCUGGAAUCUCGGGCCGAUGUUGUUGGCCGCUCGAUGCCAGAUACACCAGGUGAAUUUCAGAGUCCUGCUUCGCCUUUGUCUCGUCCGGUCGAACCUCGAAGUUCUCUGGGGGAACCUGGCGCUGAUUUCUCCGCAGAAACUGCUGAGAGAGCACCCGCAAACUCCAAUCACUCAAAGCGUGUCAACCAUCUUCUUGCUGCCAGAGACUCCUUCCGACCCUCGGAGCCGGACCGCGCAGUCAGUGAAGAUGAUAUCAGCAUAUUGCGAGAACAUGUCGAAAGGCAGGCGGAGCAGAUAAAGAGUCAGCGGGAUACAAUUGCAGAGAUCAGUCGUGGUUUGCGAAAUUCUGAGGAACAGGCUAAACAAGCUUUCAUGCGAGUGGAAAAUGAAGACGUCUCUAUAUUAGAGAGAGAGCUGCGGAAACAUCAACAAGCCAACGAGGCAUUCCAAAAGGCACUGCGUGAGAUCGGCGGCAUCAUCACCCAAGUUGCAAAUGGCGAUUUGUCCAAACGAGUCCAGAUCCAAGCAACAGAAAUGGAUGACGAAAUUGCCGCGUUCAAGGUCACCAUAAACACCAUGAUGGAUCAGCUUGAGAUCUUCGGCAGCGAGGUCACUCGUGUCGCGCGCGAAGUAGGAACUGAAGGCAUCUUGGGCGGACAGGCUCAAAUCAGUGGAGUACAUGGCAUAUGGAAGGAGUUGACUGACAACGUCAAUAUAAUGGCAGCGAACUUAACCGACCAGGUCAGAGAGAUUGCAACCGUCACCAAGGCCGUCGCUCGUGGUGAUCUCAGUCAAAAAGUGCAGAGCCGCGCAAAAGGUGAAAUAUUCGAACUACAGCAUACCAUCAAUACUAUGGUAGACCAGCUUCGGACAUUUGCCACCGAAGUAACCCGCGUAGCUACAGAUGUCGGAACGGAGGGUGUUUUGGGUGGACAAGCCCAGAUCGAAGGGGUUCAAGGCACCUGGAAUGAAUUGACCAAAAGCGUGAAUGCAAUGGCAGACAAUCUCACGACACAGGUCCGAGACAUCGCAAUGGUCACCACGGCUGUCGCAAAAGGUGAUCUGACUCGAAAAGUCACCGCGAGCUGCAAAGGGGAGAUUCUCCGACUCAAGAUUACAAUCAACAACAUGGUUGAUCAAUUGCAGCAAUUUGCCCAGGAAGUCACAAUUUUGGCCAAGGAAGUCGGAACCAACGGUGUAUUAGGAGGUCAAGCGACAGUGCACGACGUCGAAGGCACUUGGAAAGAUCUGACUGAAAACGUCAAUGGCAUGGCGAUGAACUUGACAACACAAGUGCGAGAGAUUGCUGCAGUCACCACCGCUGUCGCCAAUGGCGAUUUGUCGAAGAAAGUUACCGCGGAUGUCCAAGGCGAAAUCCUCGACCUGAAGGUGACCAUCAAUUCAAUGGUUGACAGACUGAACACAUUUGCAUUCGAAGUUAGUAAAGUGGCUAGAGAAGUCGGCACAGACGGAACACUCGGAGGGCAGGCAAAGGUCGACAAUGUCCAGGGCAAAUGGCGAGAUUUGACAGACAAUGUCAACACGAUGGCUUCGAACCUAACGGAUCAAGUGCGAGGUAUCUCGGAUGUGACACAAGCCAUUGCCGCGGGCAACCUAGACAAGAAGAUCGAAGUGCAGGCGCAAGGUGAAAUCUUGACUCUGAAGGUCACCAUCAAUAACAUGGUAGACCGCUUGGCGACCUUCGCCCAUGAGGUGCGGCGAGUUGCUCGCGACGUGGGUGUGAAUGGCAAAAUGGGUGGCCAGGCCAAUGUCCACGAUGUCAGUGGGCGAUGGAAAGAGAUCACAGAGGACGUCAAUACUAUGGCCGAGAACCUGACUGCCCAGGUUCGUGCUUUUGGGGAAAUCACUGAUGCCGCAACCGAAGGAGAUUUCUCUAAGUUGAUCAGCGUCAACGCGUCUGGUGAAAUGGAUGAAUUGAAGAGGAAGAUCAACCAGAUGAUUUCGAACCUCAGAGACAGCAUUCAAAGGAACACGGCGGCGCGUGAAGCAGCUGAACUGGCCAACCGGACGAAAUCUGAAUUUUUGGCGAACAUGUCCCACGAAAUCAGGACCCCGAUGAACGGCAUCAUCGGCAUGACACAGCUGACGCUGGACACUGAUGAUUUGAAGCCGCACUCACGAGAGAUGCUCAAUACGGUCCACAACCUCGCCAACAGCUUGCUGACCAUCAUUGACGACAUCCUAGAUAUUUCCAAGAUUGAAGCCAACCGCAUGGCCAUUGAGGCUAUUCCCUACACAAUUCGUGGUACCGUCUUUAACGCUCUGAAAUCCUUAGCUGUCAAGGCGAACGAAAAGUCGUUAUGUCUGGCAUUUGAUGUGGACAACUCGGUCCCGGAUUACGUCGUUGGCGAUCCGUUCCGGCUGAGACAAAUUAUCCUCAACUUGGUUGGCAAUGCAAUCAAGUUUACUGACCAGGGCGAGGUCAAAGUUACAAUCAAGAAAUCCAAGGAUCUACUGUCGAACUGCGCGACUGACGAAUUUCCAUUCGAGUUUGUGGUCUCCGACACGGGGAUUGGCAUCCAAUCCGACAAGCUUGACCUCAUCUUCGAUACUUUCCAGCAAGCGGACGGCUCAACAACAAGGAAAUUCGGUGGUACCGGUCUAGGACUGUCCAUUUCCAAGCGCCUGGUCAACCUCAUGGGUGGUCAAGUCUGGGUGACCUCCGAUUUCGGUCACGGGAGCGAGUUCCAUUUCUCUUGCAUUGUCAAAUACGCGACAGACGAUAUCAGUGUCAUCAGUUCCCAACUUUAUCCUUUCAGAAAGCAUAAAGUGCUCGUGGUAGACAAGGGUGUCUCAAAGUUCUUCGAACGCGUCCCCGCAAUGAUCGAGGAGCUUGGGCUGCAGGUCAAGGUCGUGAAGGACGAGACAGAGGUGCCGGAUCCUGUUACCGUCGCCGUAGAGCGGAAAGGCAAGGCCACCGAUGGGGGCUACGAUGUCAUCGUCAUUGAUGAACUUCAGACGGCGCAAAAACUUCGGGAGCUCGACAAGUUCAAGUACAUACCCAUGGUUCUCUUGAACCCAACCGUGUCUAUCAGCCUCAAGACUGUACUUGACCUUGGCAUAGCUUCAUACAUGACUACGCCCUGUCAGUUGAUUGACUUGGGCAACUGCAUGAUCCCUGCUUUGGAAGGCCGAUCCACACCCGUCAUCAAAGACUACAAAAAGUCGCUCAAUGUUUUGUUGGCCGAAGACAACGAGGUCAAUCAAAAGGUGGCCAUUAAAAUAUUGGAAAAAUACAAUCAUGUCGUGACCGUAGUUGGCAACGGGUUGGAAGCCGUCAACGCUAUCAAGAACAACCGAUUCGAUAUUGUGCUCAUGGACGUGCAAAUGCCGGUCAUGGGUGGGUUUGAAGCCACCCGAGAGAUUCGGCAUUAUGAAAAGGAAAGGGGACUGCCCAGAACACCCAUUGUUGCGCUGACCGCCCACGCGAUGUUGGGAGAUCGCGAGAAAUGCAUCCAGGCACAAAUGGACGAAUACCUGUCAAAACCACUGAAACAAAAUCUUCUCAUGCAAACGAUUUUACGCGUGGCUUCCGAUAGGGUGACAGAUAUUUUCAACAAGCAAGCUCGAUCAAAAUCUAAUGGAGCUGGUAAUGGUAAUGGCGGUGGUGCGGAUGGAAAGGAGGCAUCAUCACCAGUCAAGGCGAGAGAUUCACGAGCGGCAUCGAGCUUAAGGCCCCCUUUUAGUGAGAGGUCAGUUACAGCAUCGGGGCCGGUGAACCAUGGCAGUAUUGAGAGUCCAUCAGUGGGCAAAGAUGGCGAGCCCGAUCCGAUGUCGGCAGCUAACAGCAGCGUACGUUCGAUGUCAUGGUCGGGCUGA